ACCCUGUCCGCGUCCACGUAGAGCCCGUGGAGCGCUCCGAUCUCCCCGCCCUCCUCGGCUCGGACAACGUCGCCGUCUCCAAGUUCCUGACCGUCCUCUCCCACGACUGCCUCCAGAUUUCUCGCCUCUCCCAAUUCGCCACCAAUCAAAACAUGGCUAUUGGAUGUCCAAAGAAAUCAUCUAGUGAUAGCGGGAUGCCAAAGUGAAAACCCAAAAAUAAAUGUCAGGUUUGGGAGUCCGAAGAAAGCUCCUAACAAUUCAAUGAUUGGGCGUUGGAAGAAAGCACGCGAUGAUCUAGAACCAUGCUACUUAGAUUACUUAUUGACACCCGAAUGUCCGAAGAAAUCAUUUGGAAAGCCGGCAACAAAUUGCCAUAGCAUGGAUCCAAUUUAAAAUCGGUAUUCGAAUGUUCAAAGAGAUCAUCUGAUAACCGGUGGCGAAUCGAUGGGACUUUAAGUCAAUCACGAUCUACCAACAUUUUCGAAGAAUUUGGGGUCCAAAGAAACAAAGAGCUAGAAGCCCUCACCCCUUUUUUCUUCUUUGAGAAUGUUGAUGCAGUAGUGUAGCGACAAUAAAUGUAGCUACAGUAGCAAGCAGUAGAGGAGGCAGCAGCAGCAACCAGCAGCAGAGAAGAAGCAACAAAAGCAGCAACUGUAGCACUAGCGACCACAACAGCAACUAGUAAAAGCAGUGGUAUUGACGACAGCCGCAACAGUAGUUAGUAGAGGGAAAAAGAACAACAACACCAGCAACAACCAGCAUUGGUUGCAAUAGUGGACAAUAGUGACUGUAACAACAGUGACAGCAGCAACUAGAAGCAAUGGUAGCAACGACAACAAUAAAAAUCGCAACCGAAAAACAAAGCAUGGGUUGUAGCAGCUGUAUCAUCUAGCGGUAGCAGAUCUCUUUAACCGGUGAAUUCGGAUAAAGUUGAAAGGUUUGAAGAAACAAAGGGCCAUUGGCCGUUAGCUUCGCACCUUCCGAGGACGUCAACUAGAUGGUCCACGACAAUGGCAAAGUAGCGACUGCGAUCGCGGUGAGAGUUGUGAAGGAAUGGUUGCUGGAAAGGUAAAGCGACAUUUGAGGAUCACUGGUAGGGAAGAGCAUCGGCGAAUCUUGUUUAUCUAGACCUUUGAAUGAAGUAGAAGGGUUCGAAGAAGCGGAAGGCCACUGGGUUUCCUUCCUCCCUUUGAAAGUGCCGAUGUGAGGCUCACCGACUAGAUGGCGUGCUCGAGGAAAGCAGCAACAAUGAGCGUGGAGGAAUCGAUGAUGACUGGCCGUACGCGGAUGGAUUGGCAGUGGCAUGUGAUCAAUAGACACAAAAGAUCGACGAUGGUGUGUGCUUGGGCAGAAUGGGGCAUCGAGAUGGCGAAGACGAUCUGAUGAUGACGAUGUGGAGAGGGGGAGGAAAAGAUUCCCCCUGUUGCUACCGCGAGAGAGAGAGAGAGAGAGAGAGAGAGAGAGAGAUCGAAGGAGAGGGAGAUCAAGUGCAAGCCUCGAGGAAUCUUUAUCGGCAACUGCUCUUGUUUGGGCACCGCUCAAGCCCACAUGAAGUGCUUCUCGAAGGCGAGCCGCAAAAGGCGUUUGGGCAGUCACUCUCUCUGUUCAUCGAGCUUUACGAGACCGUCAGUGAGACUACAGUGGUUUUGGGGAAUUUGCUGCAGCAGCUCAAUGCCAUCUACUCGCUUCACGAUAAUGUUCGGCCUUUAAACUCGUUCAAGAGCUUUAAUUUCAGAACAGUCUUUGAAUCUUUUGGUGAUGGGCUGGCCAUAUUUCUUGUUUUGGAUGAGAUCGUGAAGGAGAAUAAUAACAUAAAGAGCUAUUUAGCUCUUUACGCAAGGAUGUUGAAUAAAGUAAAAACAGAGGCCAACAACUUUGUUAUGAUAAUUGAGGACUUAGACUUGCUUGAUCAAGUAGUUGGCAAUUUGGAGAAGCUUUUUGAGUUUGGCUUUUUCAAAAGACUGACCCAAAUGGAAUCACCUUGGCAAGCUUCAUUAAACCUUGUCAGAUGUAAUAAGAAAUUCCUUGAUGCAUGUUGUUCUUGCUUCCACGACAGUUUGUCUGAACUUCUGCUACGUAUUGAUUCUUGGAAGGAGCUCCCUUUUGAUCGAAGAAAGAUACUGCAUAAUGUGGCUUUGUUGUUGUUUUCUGUACAUGUCUCUGCUGAAGCUCUUGACAAAAAAUAUGGGAAGUUGAUAAUGGUUGUGUUUCAGUCAGUCCCUGUAGUUUAUGUUGAAGGAGGAAAAAGAAUAAUACUAUUUGAUGUAUUGAAGAGCCAAUGUCCGCAGGCACUAUCUUCAUGGUCUCCUCUGAGAGAAGCAUCUAAGGAUCUUGUCCUCAUGAAGAGAAAUUAUCUUAAGAGAUUGAGUGAAAUGCAUUCAAGGGAUUGGCAAGCAAUCAAAGAUGCACUAUCUUGUUGGGCAGUCUCUUUUCAAUCCAUUGUUCAUCCUUCGUCUGAGAUAUUGAGCGAAGAAUGGGUUCGACUUCUCAUGAAACAGAUCAUGCAGGGAGCGGUCUUGGCAGACAGACUGCAUAUGCUUGUUCUCUCAAUGCUUGACUUACAUGCUUUGCUUGAGAUUCCUUUAAGGAAGGAGAAAGUGAAGUCUCUUUGUCACAUGAUUGUUUCUUUGAAGAUUAUUGGAGAUAUAUUCGAAAUGAAAGGCCCUGGUAUCAUUCGAAGCCUUCCUCAUGUGAUAAACAUUAUUCAGGCAGAUAUUGAACAAUUUAUAUUGCCUUUCAAGAGUAAGUUACAGUAUGAAAUAGCUAAAUGGAGUCAAGCAACCAAGAUGGGAUUUUUAAGUUCCCUGACACGCGGUGGCAAGGAGAUGGACACGAAACUUACUGAUUCACUUUCAUUGGUUCUUGUAUCAUUACAACUUCUUGAAGCAGGUGGUAGUUAUAAGCGACAACUCCUCUUUUCAAUAACAAUGGAUGUUCUUCAAAGCAUUGGCCAUUUGGACAUUGAUUUUUCGAGAAUACAGAAGUCUAUGUCAAAAUUAAGGAUUGUUACAGACUUUCAGACUAUCAUCGAGGAAAAAACAAAUUGUAGCUUCUUGUACUGGAGGAAAGAGAUGCUAGGAACCUGGUUGUCUACGAUCUAUGUGGAUGCUAGAAAUUUCUCCUGGCUACAGUACAUCCUCGAUGCUUUCUCGGAUGGGCUAUCGCUUCUUAAACUCAGCCACGUUGGCAAACUUACCCUUCAAUCAUAUGAGAAAGAAAUUGAGAAUGCUUUGAUAUGUGAAAUUAUUGCUCCUCUCUGCAAAGAUAUUGAGACUGAUCUGCGACUUCAUGUUCAUUCCACUCGAUUAAGGGGAUCCGUGUUUGUGAACCCAACAAGGACUGGCGUCCGAAAUCUUUCGUGGUACUUAAUGGUCAAUCCGUUGCGACUUCCUUUCAAGUUAAUUGAUGUAAAGUUGCUUGUAGAGAGCUACUUAAAUUCGGCCUUCUAUAGUCACUCAGUAAUGUCUGCAUAUGAUGGCAGGGUAUAUGCAGAGAUGCGACAGUUAGGGGAGCUCAAGUAUGGUUUAGAACUGGAUGAUUGUUAUCUGUCUGGAUAUUUUGGGGAUCAGAAUUUCGAUAUCAGCAAAGUUGUUGAAAAUCCGAAUACAUUUGUUGACGGCUACUCCUACAACAUGUUUAACCAGAUGUUCAUUGAGAAUGGCCCUGACAAUCAAGGUCGGAAGAACUUAAAAGUAAUAGGCGUCGAGCAUGUUGCAACUUCAUUGGCUAGACAUGGUUUAAGACCAAUUUCUGUUGCUUCAAAUUCUGUCACAAUGUUUUUAAAUCAGAUGUUUACAGCUUUAAGUGAGUUGAUUCAGGGUGAUUGUGAAACUGGUGCAUUGAAAGAGUCCUACAUUUCUAAGUUUUCGCAGAGAAACAGUGCUGCGCUGAAUGCACAUCCUUCUUUACAGCAACAGGAGCUUAAAUUUUCUCUAGGGAAGCUGGCCAUUGGAAAUCAUGGAGUCACCUUGUUAGAACAAAUACAUUUUGUUAUCACUAGGAUAGGUAAUGCUUUAGGUCUUGUGAGGACUCUCCUAGUUGGUUGUUCUCGUUACUGCUGCAACAGUUUGUGGUAUACAAAAGGAUCCACUAGUGAUUUGAACUUCUCGGAGACUUGCAAGAUUCUUGGUCUUAGUGACGAAACUGUGAUGGUAGGAAGAAUGUUGGAUACAUGUAUUACAAAUAAUAAGUGCCGACUGGAUGACACGAUCAAACCUUUCUCCUCUCUCAUUGCAAUAUUUUCAGAGAAGCUUCAAUUAAGCGAACUUCGUGAGCUAAAGGAUUUCUUCCUUAUAAUUCCAUCUCUUAUUGCCAACUUGGUGGACUGUAGAGUUCUUCGGAAGGAUAAAUUGGUAAGAGGGGACCACGAACCAGGAAGCAUUGUAAGCAUUAAUGAUGGACUCAUCAUGGGAACUGCGUUUGUUCUCAAGGUUUUAGGGCAAGAAGAGUCAUUUGACAAACUGAACUGGUUUUCUUCUGCAAAGAAGAAACUCAGGGAGGAAAUCACCUUGCCAGAGGAAAGUUGCGAGUCACAGGAGGAAAAGAAGGGUUGGAGCAAUCUAGCUGGUUUAACGCGCUGGCUCCAGGCCCCGCCCAUUACAACUGAAGCCCACAAGGGUGUCGACAAGCGGAAGAGAUACCGAGAUGAGAUUGAGCUCAUAGAAUGCAGUCUAAAGUUUGCUAGGACACUUUUGUCAUCAUAAUAAGAAACGGUCCCUAUAUGUUUUUUGUGUUCCCGUUUCACUUUCUUUUUUGGUUUUGGGUUUCACUACUAUAAUUCUAUACUGGUGCAUUUGUGCUGAUCAAAUCUGGAUAAGUUUCCAGCUGAUAUUUUAACGUGUAGUCAUUUGCGGAGCCAAUAUCUGUUGGUUAAAAAGAAAAAAAAAAAGAAAGAAAGAUUCCGAAUUCUCUCGCAUGUAUAGCCCGGACGGAAAUAAGAUAACUUUUGUAUCUGUA